GCAGAUAUCUGAGCAUCGCAGAGAUCGAAAAGCGCAUCAAGCUGCUCUCAACACUCCCGUCCGAGCUGAUGAGCGACGCACUCCCCUCUCCACCUUCCUCACCUCGUCCCGCUGCACGCAAGAAGGCCGCUCGCAUGGACGAGCCAGAGCGGGAGCGGCAGGGCAGCACGUCGCGGCAAGAGGAGCGGCGCAGCAAUGGCGCUGCUGCCCGCACCAGCACGAGCAGUAGCCUGAAGGCGCCCUCCACGAGCACAGCGGCGAGGAAGCGCAAGUCGGACGUGGCGCGUGUGGACUAUAGCGAUGACAGUGACGUGGAAGAGAAGAGCAGGAGUGCGGGGGCUGAUAAGUGAGUGUUGCGACGCGGGUCCGGGAGAGCAGCUGGGGCUGGCAGGAACGUCGAGCGUGCGGAGAUCUAACACGUCCAUCCUUGUGCGCAGGCGACGGCGCACGACGAGCAAUGCUUCCUCGAUGCGCAGUGGGCGAGAAGAGGACGCGGCCAUGAAGCGAAGUAGCUCGGGAGAGAGCCGCAGUCGAGAAGCGAGCUCUUCCUCGGUCCGCCUUGAGCCGCCUGAGCCGCGCGAAUGGUCCAAGGAGCGCUUCCUGGAGGUUGCUGCCAGCUACCGCACGCAUGGCCGAGAGCUCAAGCAUCGCGGCGACCAACGACUCCGCGAAGCCUCGUCGGCGCAGCUCUCGCUCACUCAGCCAUCGCAAGCCUCGCUCCUCGCAGCGCUCGAGCAGACGGAUGCCCUCUUGCUCUACGUCUAUGGCUUCUGGUGCGAAGACCAAGCUGCCACGAGCGGCAGCGUGCCGCAUGCGUGUGUGGCGCACAACUGGGCCAGUCUGUUUGGCCUGCUCAAGUACGUGCAUGCUUGCCAUGAGAGGAAUGGGACGAAGGCGCUUGCUGGUCUGUGCCGGCUGCUCGAAGCGGUAGUUCUCCGUCGACUGGCCGAGCACGAGCAACGUCUCCUCUCUCAUCGGCUACAAAAGCUCGCCGCGCAAGCCGCUUCAAGUGCAGGCAGUGCGAGCGCUGCAGGCAGUCCCUCCGCCAACAUCGAAGUGACGGCGCCCUCGCCCGCGUCCGCACACUCGGCGGACACCACCGCCGCAACUGUGCCCGCCGAGCUCAUCUCUGCCCUGGCAGACGCAGCGCGCAGCAUGGCCAAGUCCGUCGCGGACUCUGAGCGCUCCAACAAGCUCUUCGCCCAAGCUCGCGUGGCGCUCUCGGCCUCGGUGCUCGAGGCUCACUAUCCGGAAGUCUACGCCGCCUCGCUCGCCUCUUCACAGAUGGAGGCAUGGCGAGACGCCUCGCGCCUUGAUCCUGCUGCCAUCGGCCUGACGAGCAAGGAAGACUCGAGUGCGGCACGAUGGGCCUGGCCGUUGGAACACGUCACGCCGCUGCCGCACUUUGUCACGUUUGGAAGAGCACUGCUGCGCGAAACGGCGGCGACGACGAGACUCAACUUUCGCCCGGCUCGCGUACUGCCGUCGUCGUCGAGUCGCUCGUAGAGUGCAAGCUGCGCACCAGACGUCGCCCCUCCUCUCCGCUCUCUGCUCUUCGCCUCUCUUCCGCAGCUCGACCUCUCGGCGCGAAUCAUACCUCACGACCUGUUCUCAUUAUCCUCCUCCUUUGCGACCCGUUCAUUCUU